AUGCGCAAAGCGCCGCGGCCCCCCCGGCCCCCCCCGCCCCCCCCGCUCAGCGCCAUGGCCGGCCCGGGCUGCCUGCUGCUUCCUCCCUCGCUGCAGUGUCCCGCCUUCCUCUACCUGCCCGAGACGGACGACGCGGCGCCGACAGACUCCUCCCACUCCGACUCGUCCGAGAAGCAGCAGCCCAAACGGCUCCACGUCUCCAACAUCCCGUUCCGCUUCCGAGACCCCGACCUGCGGCAGAUGUUCGGGCACUUUGGGAAGAUUCUAGACGUGGAGAUCAUCUUUAAUGAACGAGGAUCUAAGGGCUUUGGGUUUGUAACGUUUGAAACGAGCACAGACGCUGAUCGUGCACGGGAGAAACUAAACGGUACAAUCGUAGAGGGACGCAAGAUCGAGGUGAACAACGCCACAGCUCGAGUGAUGACAAACAAGAAGGUGUCCAACCCGUACAGCAACGGCUGGAAGCUGAACCCGGUGGUCGGAGCAGUUUAUGGUCCGGAGCUGUACGCCGUAACGGGGUUUCCCUACCCGGCCACAGGGGCCGCUGUUGCCUACCGGGGGGCCCACCUUCGAGGACGGGGGCGGGCCGUCUACAACACGUUCCGCACAGCACCGCCGCCGCCGCCCAUCCCGGCAUACGGAGCGGUGGUCUACCAGGACGGAUUCUACGGUGCAGAGAUCUAUGGCGGCUACGCAGCGUACCGCUUCACCCAGCCGGCCAGCAGCGCAGCGUUCAGCGACAGCUAUGGCAGAGUCUAUGCAACAGCCGACCCCUAUCACCACACGCUCGGCCCCGCCGCCACGUACAGCGUGGGGACGAUGUAAAGACACAGUGAGGAGCUGGACUCGGUAUGAUGGACGCCACAAAAGACAACCACCGGACCGGAGGAGGACGAGCUUUAAGACGAUAUCCGAGGAGGAGGAGG